GAGCCUCAAGCAGCAGCACCAGGAGAAAGAGGCAGCCAGGCGCGGUACGAGAGGGAGGGGAAAAGUGAUCGACAGAUCCAAUGAGGGGAAGGCAGCCAACGGGCUUCCACGGAGACUGGAGACAAUUGAUCUGCGGGAGCUGGCUCAGGCUCCCUCUUCAACGUGAGGCGUGCACAGCCUCAGCCUCGCAGAUCGCCGGAGCUGGCUGCAAAGCUGCGCGGCUAUGGUCCGGAGCCAGUUCCUCGUGGCGGCCGAAUCGCGCUAGAUCUCCACCAAGCCGGGCAGACCCCCUUGGCGAAGCGGGUUUCUUUUCUGUUAUUUUGCUUUUUUCAUUGCUUGCUUGUUUUGCUCUUUGCUUGACAUUUCCCUGAGAGGCAAAGUGCGCCUCAGCAACCAGCCAGCCAGCCAGCCGCCGUCGGGUCCCCACGUGCACACGCGGGUGCCGAUCACAUUGGCAGGCUGGUGCUGCAGACUUGAAUUUGGGGGGCAGCGGGAGCAGAAGCAGGAGCUAAAGAAAGAAAGAAGCGAGUUUCGCAGCAAGGGUUGCAAAGGCAUUGAUUGCACCGAGUUGCGGCGGCGGCAGCAGCAGCAGGGAUGCCGGCGGCUGCUGGCGACGGGCUCCUGAGCGAGCCCCCCGCGGCGAGCUUCGGCGACGGCGGCGACGAGCCCACGACGCCCCCCCUCAGCCCCGAGGGGACGUUCCUGGCCGCCUGGGUCAACGCCGCCGCGUCCCGGGAGCGGCUCCGCGAGUUCCAGCACACCAAGCGCGUGGGCAAUUACCUGAUCGGAAGGAAGUUGGGCGAGGGGUCCUUCGCCAAAGUGCGGGAAGGGCUGCACGUCGUGACCGGAGAAAAGGUGGCAGUGAAAGUUAUUGAUAAGAAAAGAGCCAAAAAGGACACCUAUGUCACCAAGAAUCUGAGGCGGGAGGGACAGAUCCAGCAGAUGAUCCGACACCCUUACAUUGCUCAGCUGCUGGAUAUCUUGGAAACGGAAAACAGCUACUACCUUGUUAUGGAGCUUUGCCCAGGAGGCAACCUGAUGCACAAAAUCUAUGAGAAAAAGAGGCUGGAAGAGCAUGAAGCACGCAAAUACAUCCGGCAGCUUAUCUUGGCUGUUGAACACCUACAUCGUGCAGGGGUGGUUCACAGGUGAGCUUGCUUAUUUAUUUAACAUGA